CUUUCACCCUCACUUUGCCACAGCCGGCAUUCGGAAUCGUCCCGGACGGCUCGUGGAACUACAUAUACUAACGGAAUGACAACGGACGCUCUUCCGUCCAUCGUGCUUAAGUGUGCAUCCGGUUGAUGGGGAUAUCCGGGUCAUUUCGGCCCUCUUUGGGAGGCUGGGAGGAGUUCCCAGUGGGUCAGGGCGUCUCAUGUCCUCGAAUAGUGCAGGUCAAGAGAAUAGUAGAGAGCGUCUCUCAUUAAUCCGCCGGAUCCCGUCCAGGAUUCUGUGUUCGCUCUACCAAGGGGUAUAAGCGGGGGCGGUAGGCAUAUUGGAGUCCGCCUAUAUAACCUGACCCUUCCCGUGCCGUUCUUGUUUUCCAUUUUCUCGACUCUCCGAAACGCCAAGCAUCAUGUCUACCUUUAAGUAUCCAAUUCCUAGCGGCCAAUUCAUCCAUGGCGAAUUUGUGAAAUCAAAGGGGACGGAGAAGGUGACUUUAAGGUCAGCUGUAGACGAUUCGGUGGUUGCGGAAGAGCUCUUCUACGCCAAUACUGAAGAUGUCGAGCUUGCAGUUGAAUCCGCCGCCAAAGCCUUCCCAGAAUGGAUAGCUCUAUCACCGUCAACGCGCGGCCAGCUCCUGUGGAAAUACGCUGCGUUAAUUGAAGAGAACGCCGAGAAACUAGGCUACCUAGAAUCCGUUCUCGUAGGCAAGCCAGCCUUCUUUGGCGGCUUCCAUGAACCCAAAAGCGCCGGUGACCUCUUCAGAUAUUUUGCUGGCUUUUGCGACAAACACGUUGGAGAGGUCCAACCGGACGAUCAGGGAUUUCUACGAAUCGUCCGCAACGAACCCCUCGGAAUCUGCGCCGCCAUAAACGCCUUCAACAGCCCCAUCAUCACAUUCGCUAUGAAAGCCGCGCCCGCCCUCGCCGCCGGCAAUGUAAUCAUCAGCAAAGCCUCCGAAUUUAACCCUUUCAGCUCUCUCCUCCUCGGCCAGCUCGCUAUCGAGGCCGGUAUCCCCCCCGGCGUCCUCAACAUCCUCGUCGGCGCAGGUGAAGCUGGCGCAGCCCUCGCCUCCCACCUCAAGAUUCGCAAGAUCAGCUUCACGGGCAGCGUCGCUACCGGCAAGAAAGUACAGGUUGCCGGCACGAACUCGAACCUUAAGCGCGUGACGCUCGAGCUUGGUGGCAAGAGUCCCGUGAUAGUGUUCCCAGAUGCGGAUCUUGGCCAUGCCGCGCAGUCGGGCGCGAGUUUCAUGGCGCUGAAUGGGCAGGGCUGUAUCCUAGGCACGCGGAUUUAUGUGCAUGAGGAUAUUGCGGAGGCGUACCUGGGGGCAUUGAAGGCGAUGGUGGAGCAUAGUGCUAGCACGCUCGGCUCAGAUCCGCAUGAUAUGACCACCAUGAGCAGUCCGCUGUACCACCCGCAGCAGAAGAAGACGGUGCUGGGGUUCUUGGAGCAAGGCAAGAAGGAGGCGGAGACAGUGACUGGGGGCAACAGCUGGGGAGAAAAGGGGUUAUACGUCGAGCCGACCAUCUUCUUCAAGCCAGCUAAGGGUGCGGAGAUUGUGGCAAAGGAGAUCUUCGGGCCGGUGGUAGUUGUAGACACGUUCAAGACUGAGGAAGAGGUGUUGCAAAAGGCGAAUGAUACUGAGUAUGGGCUUGGCGCGGCAGUGUUUACCAAGGACAUCGAUCGCGCGAUCAGGAUUGCGAACAAGUUGGAAGCAGGGACGGUGACGGUGAAUAAUCAGUUGCCAUUCCAUCCAACUGUGCCGUUUGGUGGGUACAAGAGCAGUGGCGUCGGGAGAGAGAAUGGUAAGGCAGUCUUGAAGGAGUACUCACAGACCAAGUCUGUGAUUAUACAAUACUCCACGACGGCCUAAAGGGGGGGAAUAGACAGUUCAUGUAAUCUAUGCCAUUCACUUUUACUCUGCAUGAUACUCUCAAUGCGCCCAC